CUUUUGCGCCUCCUGGAGCCGAACAAAACUUGCCUUUCGAGUUGUGUGGUGACUUGCGUUCGGUCACAUCUGUAACAAUGGUUUGGUCAAAAGUCGCUGGCGCAACCAACCAACGGCGGCUAAUCGGCUAGGCUAGUGCUUUGAAUGGACGCGGCUGGCUCGGCGCAUUGAGGUUCUUCGCGCUCGUGUCCAAAUCCCAAUUUGAAACCGAUAUCGACUCACUCCGUCAUGGACAUCCGGCCCAACCACACCAUCUACAUCAACAACAUCAAUGACAGAGUCAAGAAAGAAGAGUUGAAGCGCUCCCUGUACGCGCUCCUGUCGCAGUUUGGCCAGAUCCUGGACAUCGUGGCCACCAAAACCAUAAAGAUGAGGGGCCAGGCCUUUGUGGUCUUCAAGGAGCUGGCCGCCGCUACCAACGCCCUGCGCCAGCUGCAGGGCUUCCCCUUCUACAACAAACCCAUGAGGAUCCAGUACGCCAAGACGGACUCUGAGGCCAUCACCAAGGUGAAAGGGGCGCACGGCGACCGAGAUAAGAAGAAGGACAAGAAGAAGAAACCUCAGGAAGCCGUCGCCCUGGCCAAGAAAGCCGUGGCAGUGCCGUCGAUUCCGGCUCACCUUCCGCCCGCGCAGGUCAUCGACAACCCGCCAAACUACAUCCUGUUCCUCAACAACCUACCCGAGGAAACCAACGAAAUGAUGCUGUCCAUGCUCUUCAACCAGUUCCCGGGCUUCAAGGAGGUGCGUCUGGUUCCCGGCAAGCACGACAUCGCCUUUGUGGAGUUUGAAGGCGAGAUGCAGGCGGGCGUGGCCAAGGACGCCCUGCAAGGCUUCCGCAUCACCGCCACCUGCGCCAUGAAGAUCACCUUCGCCAAGAAGUAGCGUCAGCCGGCCGGCCGGCAGGCAAGGCCCACGCGCGCCUGCCAACGGUACUAACGGACAAUUUCAUUUUACCUUUGCUCUGCUACUUUUUUGUAAAAUACCAAAAUAAAAUUCGUUUUUUUUUUA